CUCUGCACAAGCGCAGAGAAUCAUUUGAAUUUCCUUGUUGUCAAAACACAGAAUUGUUGCCUUGAUUUUAGCUAACUAAAUCACUUCAAAGUUACGUAGAUAACCAGUUUAUUGCAAUAAUAAUUGUAAUCUCUCCAUUUGUCCAACUCUGUCAGCUUUUAAACCAAGGUUUUUGCGUUAUCGAAAUGGGGAAAGGUUGCAAAGUUGUGGUGUGUGGUUUGGCAUCUGUAGGAAAAACAGCCAUCCUUGAACAGCUGUUGUAUGGCAAUCACGCUGUUGGUUCAGAGUCCACUGAGACCCAGGAGGAUGUGUAUGUGGCAUCGGUGGAAACGGAUCGUGGUGUAAAGGAACAGUUACGUCUCUAUGACACCAGGGGUCUCCAUGACGGCCUGGACCUUCCCAAGCACUACUACUCUGUGGCAGACGGCUUUGUGCUGGUCUACAGUGUGGACAGCCUGGAGUCCUUUAAGAAGGUGGACGUCCUCAAGAAGGAAAUAGACAAGUCCAGAGACAAGAAAGAGGUGAUGGUGCUAGGGAACAAGACAGACCUGCGCGAGCGUCGUCAGGUGGAGCACGAGGCAGCGCAGCAGUGGGCGCGGGGGGAGAAGGUUAAGCUAUGGGAGGUUAGCGUCACUGAGAGGAACUCUCUCCUCGAACCCUUCACCAUGCUCACCAGCCGCCUCACACAGCCUCAGAGCAAGUCUGCCUUCCCUCUUCCAGGACGCAAGAGCAAGGGCACGGCGUCCAACGACAUAUGAACUGAACUCAACCUCAAGAGCACCUAAGUUCAAAGUACUUCAGGGGGGAGAUGUUACAGAGUAGGAUUGAUGAGUUAGCCAGCCAAUUUCAAUUAAUAUUCUGACUUCAUAUCAGCAUGACUCUACAUUCCAUAGACAACCAACAACCCAUAUUAAAAGAGCUUUUUUUUAAUUGACUAGCAAAUCAAGAGAUGUAUCUUAAUGUUUAUCAAAGUGAGCUGGCUAAAUGAGUGAGCCUGCUUUGUGGUGUCAUACACUCCUCUGGUUUCAGUGUGUUCCAUCCUAUGGGAUGGCUAUAGUAGCCGCUAUACAGCAAGGUCUAGGCCUAUCUAAUGCGCCUUUAGUGCGAGGCAUAUUACCUAGUGUAUGGCCUACUACCAUCUAGUGUACGGCAUAUUACUAGAUACUACCUAGUGUAUAGCCCAGUAGCAAUAAAAAAUGGUACGACCUUGAUCAGGUAUGUUGCUCAUGUCUGAUUAUUAAAUGUCUGUCUUUCAUCAGUUGCACCCUAAAUGGUUGUUUUUGUGUAUUUGUUAAAAAAUACAAAACCUGUGUAGUUUAUUAGCUUUGUACAUGUUUUAUUUACCUAAUUUAUUUGUCACUAUGAAACUUAAUUCCUAAUGCGUAGGAAUGGGAUGAAAUAUGGCUUCUGUCAUGCGUCCAAAUAAUAUCCUCUCUCCUGAAGUGUACACUAGUUCACUACUACAAACAUAAAAGCAUUGGAUUGGUGGAGGCAUGGGCCAGGAGUUUCCACCAUAUUUCUUAGUCAUUUUCUUUCAAUUCAGUGAAUUGAAGUAAACACUGAGGAUGGAGAGAUAAUUGGAGCAUUGCCUGUGUCCUUCAUGUCUUGUGUGAGACCUAGCUAAAUAAAGGGAAUAUUUUAUGCUGCUA